AUGCGACAUUCCCCGCGCAGCCUUGCUGCUGCUGCUGCUGGGAGCAGCAGCAGCAGCAGCAACAAGUCCCCUCCAGUAGCAACUGGAGGGGCAUCUUCAGAUGGGGUUCAAAACCUUGGCGGCAGCCCUGUAGCAGCAGCGUCAGCAGGUGGAGCGACACCAGCGGGCCCAGCAGCAGCAGCAGCAGCAGCAGCAGCUGAUGCAGCAGCACCCGU